AUGAACGAAGCACGCGCCCAAACCAUAGCAACCACCACUAUCACCGCUGCCAAGCGUCGAUCGCGGUCUGGCGCCAAGCACCCACCAGCAACAACCUUUACACACCUGAUACUCCCUCUUCCUUCAGCAACAGAGCUUACGAACCAGCCCGCGACCAAGAAACUCCAGUCGAAGAGCAACAGCGCGUUAGCAAUGAAACGACCUUCGGCCGCUGGGUCCACCUCAGAGACCGAUGCUGGAGGUCCGAACCCGUAUCUGAGCCUCGUCUUUCGACGUAUGCGCAGGCUGAAAAAGCGUGUGACAAGAGUCGAGACAACAGAAGCGGCUCUGAACGAAGACCCAUCGAAGAAAGCCACAUUGGAGCCAGACCAGUUAGCGGCGUUGGAGAAGAAGCUCGAGAUGUCGGCAUCCUUGAAGGAACUCGAGGACCUCUCCAAGGCUAUGACUGUCCUGCAAGCAAAUGACAAACUGGAGCGCAACACACAAAUCGAUAAGCACUUGCGCGAUAUCGAGAGAUCAAAAGAAACUGUGACUAGGGAGACGCAAGAAUCCGCCACUUCAGCGUUUAUCCAGGUCAUCCGCCUGUUCUACGCUCUCAAGCAGCUGGACGAUGCCAAGGAGUACCUAACCUUGCCCCUGUCCAACAGUCUCAAGGUUUUGGAAAAAUUUCGAUCUCGUCUCUUUGAGGUUGCACAGGCAGCCGAGUUGUCGGACGGAGACGAUUGCAUUCAUUCGCGCAAGGAGUUGUACUCGAUGGUGCGCAAGCUGGCAGAGAAGUCCACCGACAAUGUCGCAGAGGACGGUGAUAUCACCUACAAGUGCAUCUACGACGAGAUUGAUCACCUCACCUACCCAUCUGCAGACUUGGAGCUGAGGGACACUCCUCUCAUUUCUGACGGCCGUCAAGUGGAUGGUCCAUCAUCGAUUGUGAAGGCUCAUACCGGAGCCGGAAAAGAGGAUGACAUUGAAGGAACCUCCGUACGUUCAUUGAUGUCCGAGCCUACUUUGACGGUUGCACAAAAGUCAUGCGCGACGGUCGAGAACUGGUUCAGUAAAAUUAGUUCCUCCAACCCGCCGUCGUCCGAGUCGCCACCAAAGACUACUCCAGGACAAGAAUCCAUGGCGGUUGCUCAAAUUGUAAACGCGAAGCAAGCAGAACCAACUCCGGCUGUGCCGGUCUGUCUUGGUAGAGAGGUUGCAUCACAGACGGAUCCAAGCGCGUCGUGUGAGCCAUCGUCACUGCCAGCCGUCACUGCACCUAUGGUACCAGCAGUUGUCCCAUUGGUGCCCGUCCAUCCAAUGUCUGGCUAUCGGUUCAUGCUUCCUCCAUGGGUGGCUGGAUCGUCCUAUCCCGCCGAUCCUCAUGUCAGCAACCCUUCCCUGAUGCAAGCUCCACCAGCUCUUCCUGGUAUGCACGUUAGCAAUGAACCAGGCCAUUCAAUCUUCUCGCAGCCAGACGACAAGGACUCUGGCAAGAGUGAUUCUCGUCGUCGAUUCGGUCGUCCAAGCGGCGGUCCUUCUCAGGAGAGCACUUCCUUCCGUGCUCAUCGCGUCUCACAGAAGAGUUACGGGGAGAGUGGAGAUGAUCGUCUGGGGGUGAUUUAUGAGGACGAUGAAAAGGAGUGUGGCGCCAGUUCGAGCGCUAGAGCCCAUAGUCAUGGUCAAUACGUGUCAUACGUUCCAGGGCCGAUCUAUCAGGAGCCAAGGCAAUUGCAGGCGACGAAUCCAAACCAGAGAGGUACUCAGGACCGUAUGGUGGCACGAACAAUUACAGAGAGCGCUGGCUCAGAAGUCAGACGAGGCGUUUCGCCGUUGUCGGGGGACCAAUUGAGGCAACAACAGGCUGUCUAUGGUCAUUCCAGUGGUGUGAUGACUCUGCAGCAAUCGGAGAGCACCUCAUUUGGGUACAAGGUCAGCGGCACAGGCAGCAAGAAGGAAUUGCCCACAGACAACAACAAUGGAGGUUUCCAGGGACGUCGGUCUGGAAAGAAAAAAGGGCGCGGCCAGGAUCGACCUCCUCUAGCACAGACGCAGCACCAGCAAGGAGGCCUAAAGUCUCAGGACCAGCGAUCGACCGAGUCGUCGAGUAAUUUGCGUCCAGAUGCACAGCAGCAGCAGUCCAUUGAUAACAAUGGUCAUAACUUGCAGUUUCUGCAGCACUCUACUACUUCUUACCACAGUCACUCCGACGCUCAGAACCAGCAAUACUAUAAGCGCAUGACCCAGCAGCAGCAGCAACAUCUGCAACAGCAAUAUUGCCACCUUGAUGAGCAGGACAUGUCUCGUCUACCUCAGCAACAGCAGCAACAGGGUGUUCAUCACUACAUCCAGCAACAGGCGUUCUAUCACUAUCCUGGAGGAGGAAGGGUCCCCGUUUAUUGCGUUCAGAGGCAACAAAUCCAGCAGACCCAGGCAGAAGACACUAGCAAGGGACAGGUUUAG